UUGGGCUCCAUGUCUCUUCUGGGCUAUCCUGGGCUUUGCAGUGCUACAACCCACAGAAAUCACUGCUACUUCCCUGUGACAUCUCCCGUUGCACAUUGCUCUAGUGAUGUAAACUCUACCUUCGGAUAUUACUUACCCAGCAACUAUCAAGGCAAUUUGUGGCUCCUGGACCAUUGCCAAGAUUCCUACUGUGAAGCACCUUGCAGCGAAUCUCCCAGCCAUGAGCCCAAGACCUGCAUUCCAAGUUCUGACUCCCCGAAUUCUUCCGUGCUUUGCAGUACCCCAUCUGCAGGUCAAGUGGUCAGUGCCUGUGAAAAUACCAACAUCAGACCCAGAGUGAACUCCAGUCCCUGUACUCGGACCAAGGGGUAUGUACCCAAUUCCUCCACUAUUCAAUACGCAUCAAAAGCCUGUCAGACUCCUCUCAAUGGCUCCCGGUGUGUAGGGCAACUUAACUUCUUUCCCAGGAAUCUUCAGUCCCUAAAUCACAGUGGUCUGAAUAACUUCGGAUUUAGAAGCUACCAAAACCUCGGCUUCCUCACCAGAGGGUUCUCACCAUCUUGCUAUAUUACCAGUAGCUACCAACCUCAAAGUUAUCUAAUGAGAAAUUGCCAGUAUGCAAAUUACGGGUCUUCAAGCUGCCGACCACUGAGCUAUUUAUACAGAAGCUUUCAGUCUCGGCGCUGUAUACCCAGCACCUUUCCACCUCUGAGAUACUUAUGCAGCAGUAAAAGACCUCUGAAUUGCUAUUGA